AUGGCUAGAUUGGUCUGGAGUAUACCCGAGUUCCCAACUCAUCCGGGCAUAUUCCCGUGUGACGCUCUAUACAAAAACGUGGACCAUCUGUUUUGGCGUGCGAAAGAAGAGAAGGUUCCAGAGAUAACGAUAGCAAGAUUCCCAUGGAUUCUAUGGUACCUAUGGAAGGCGAGGAACGACAAAGUCUUCAAUAAUAAAGAUAUUUCGUCCUUAGACACUUUCCAACUUGCAUGUGCAGAAUCGGAGACAUGGAGCUUGGCACAAUUGGUGGACAAAACCGUGAGUGAUAAUGUUAUCUCCAGUCCUGUUGUUCAAACAGACUCAAUAAUAACAGCAUCACGGUGUCAAACUGAUGCCUCUUGGAGUAGAGAUUGUAAUGUCUUCGGAGGUGGUUUCGUGCUUGAAACAGCAAAUGACGAACGCCUUUUUGGUGCCAUGGCGGAGUACCAGGUCUCCACACCACUCCAUGCCGAACUGGCAGCCCUGGUUUGGGCAAUGACGAAAGCUCUGGAACAGGGUAUAACGGCACUAUCUUUUGAGACAGAUUGCCUGCAACUUGUGAGAAUUGUUGACAAUGAAGAAGAUUGGCCGUCAAUGAUAUCGGAGUUAGAUGAAUUUCAUACUCUUCGUUCUUCUUUUACUUUAUUCUCACUGUCGUUUAUUCCACGGCUACUAAAUGUAUGUGCGGAUCGUCUCUUAAAAGGAGCACGAGCACAAGGCUUUUGUUUUACUCAUGUAGAUCAUACGAUCCCAAGCUGGUUGGUUUUCGAAACUAACUUGCUCGGAUAA